AAAGUACUUGUAUUGUAUGCUCAUCAAAAACAAUGAUGAGCAACUCCGCUAAGUCUAUUAAGUCUUCCUCAACCAAAAGAGAUAGGAAAACCGUAGAGAAAGACCGAAGAAACACAUUGAAAAUCCUAUAUUCAGAACUCAACACCCUUAUUCCUCGCGAUGAUGCCUCCUCUCCUAAAUAUUUACAGGCAAUUCCGGAUCAAAUAGAUGAUGCUACAAACUACAUCAAACAACUAAAAUCGAAUAUCGAAAAUUUGAAGCAAACCAGGGAUAAUAUUUUGGGAGUUGGAAGAGUAUCAAGUAGUAGAACAAGUUAUUAUUCGAAGAAUUCGCCGGUCCAAAUUGAAGUGAGACUAAAUGGAAGUGCCCUUUUGGUGACUUUGAUUACGGGGUUGGAGUGCCAGUUUGUUUUCACUGAGGCAAUCCGAAUUCUUCAUGAAGAAAAUAUUGAAGUUGUUAAUGCUAAUUAUUGUGUUACCGGAAAUAUUGUCCUUCAUACAAUUCAUGCACAGAUUGGUGAGGCUGUGACAACGGAUACUGUUGCAAGGAUUACUCAGAGGCUGAAGAAAUUUGAGCUUUGAUUAAUGGUUUUGGACUGCCUAAUUAAGCUUUGAUUGAUUGAAGAAUUUUUUUUUUUUUUUUUGAAGCUUAAAUUUAAAUUGAGUACAUAAGCUGUACGGGAGAAUCGUUAAGUAGCGAAAAUCUUGUGUUAUUAUUAUGUUUGUAAAUAUACUGAUGUCUUCACAAUGUGUAUUGAACUGACUAAAACAUUAUUCGAAUUGACUUGUCACAUUAGUAAUUCAAAUUACAUUGUUAAUGAUAUUAUAUAGCUUAGCUAGCAAUGCGGGUUGCCAAAAAAUUAUAAUGUAUAUUGUUGAAGAAUAAACCUCUCAAGUGUCACCAUAUGUAAGUGUCCCACAUUGGUUA